AACCCCAAGCCAUUGUCCCUUUCCUGUCAACCCUGUAUCUUUCAACCAAGUAACACACUAAGCUUAGGCUGAAGAACCAAUCCAUUUAGCUAAAGACCCAUUAUUUCUUUUGCCAUGGCCAACACAAUUCUAAGCUUGAAACACCAUAGGAAAGCAUUUCAUGGUUUGAGUCUCUUUAGUACUCUUCUACUGGUGAUUCAAAGAGUUGAUGCAACUGACUUCAAGGUUGGAGGUGCCAAGGGAUGGACAGUGCCCGCUGAUCCGAAUACGAACACCUACAAUCAGUGGGCAGAAUCGAAUCGGUUCCAAAUGGGAGACUCUCUAUUGUUCAUAUACCCAUCUGACAAGGACUCGGUGCUUCAAGUAAAUAAAGAUGAUUAUGAUAGCUGCAAUUCAACAUCACCCAUUAAAUCAUUCAAAGAUGGCAAUAGUUCAUUCAAGUUUGAUAAAAAUGGUCCCUAUUACUUCAUUAGUGGUGUUCCAGAGAACUGCCAGAAGAAUGAGAAGAUGGUAAUUGUAGUAAUGGCAGAUCGAAGCAACCAAUCAUCCUCUACUAAUGACACCAGUUCAGCAUCUCCUCCUUCACCUUCAGGUUCCAUUGACAAUGCCCCAGUUCCUGCUCCUGUGGGUGAGAUUGCUCCCUCUACUCCUACUGUUGAGGCUCCCACUACUCCCACUGCCAGUGAAGCCUCUUCUAAGUUAAUGAAUGCAAUUGCUUCUAUUGGAGCUUUUGCUGGUUCAUCUCUUCUCUUAGUUCUGUGAUUCUUUUGAGUGGUUCCAAGAUUUGAAUGAGUUUGGUUUCAAUUAUUAUUUUUUUUUUUUUCCAUUGAUUGAAAAGUUUCUGUUUAUGAUUUUUCUCCCAUGGACAUGGGGUGGCUUGCCUGGUUUCAUUAUAUUUGUUUGAUAUGGUUGGAAAAUAAGAUCUGGACAUAUCAUAUAUACUACUGUAGGUUAUUUGGGUGUACAUGGGGACCAUGUAAUAAUAUAUGAAGGAAUAAAUGAAUUCUUCAGUUUGUAUGAAA